CAGCUGGGGCAGGGUUGCCAGGCAGGCGGGUUGCUGUCGGCCGGAAAUUCUUGGUCCCAGCUAUUUCCUCCAUUCUGACUGGCGGUGGCCGGCAACCCUCGAGUACAGAGAAUGGCAACCCUUGGCGCUGCUGCUCUGCGCUGCUGGGGGUCGGGUCGCCGCGGGGUCGUCCUCGGCAGAAUCGCAUUGAGCUUUUGACGGUGUCGGACGCAGUUGGACGCAGCUCAACGGGGAUUGGCACCAAAGUUUCAUGUGUGUGAGCUCCAGCGCCGCCGUGGCCCCGGGCCCCCCACGCAAGUGUCAAUAACUCUCACGCCGUGCCGUGUGAAUGAUGUGUCAAAUCAGGAGCUGGAGUCUCUAAUCUUCGCCUCAAACUGGAAUAGACGCCAGCGCCACAGUCAGCUACCCGGGAUUCCGCGAUUCCGGGGCUCCAACUCCGAGUAAGGCCUUCAGCCUCCUCCUGUGUUCCCAGUUUCGCUGCCGACUCCAGCGGACUGUUGUCUUGACCCUUGUCCAAUCUAACGGAACAAACGCCCGGCGGGAAGGGAUCAUGAGGGAGACGGUGCAGGCGGCGAUGGGCAGCAGCAGACUGCAGCCGCGACUGCAGUAGAGCCGCUCCUGCAUGCAUUGCGAGCAUGUGCAUCAUCUGUAGCGCCAUCUCUGUCUCAUCAUCUGAGCACCCGAGUCUGAGUCUGAGUCUGAGUCGGAGCCGGAGGCGCGAUCGCGUCCGCGUCUGAGUGGCUUCAGCAGCAGCAGGGUGGCGCAGUUGGCAAAAUGAGUGCGUGCGAGCCGGCAGUCGGCGAGGAUGCGAGCCACAGCAGUCACAGUCGCAGUCGCAGCCGCAGCCGCAGCGAGGUGGACACGGGGGACACGGACUCGGCGACCCAUACGGAGGAGAACAUACAGCAGCAGUCCAAUGGUGAGCAGUCCCCCCACAACAGCGUCCAGCAGGAGGAGGCGAACGAGUCGAAGACCCAGGCCAAGCCGGAGACGGCACUGCUGGAGGGCCUGGCCGGUAGUGGGAUGGCCGCCCCCUCCAUAGAUGCGCUGGUGGCCUGCAAGGAUGUGCUCCUCGCCCAGAAGCUCUUCGCAAGCGGUGGCAGCAAUGUGCCCGGACCCGCACCGGGAUCUGGGUCAGCAUCGGGUGUCGUUCCCAGUCCCAGCCCAAAAGAGCUGCUCAAGCUAAAGGAACCGAUGCGAGUGGGCUUCUAUGACAUCGAGCGGACCAUCGGUAAGGGUAACUUUGCCGUGGUGAAGCUGGCACGGCACAGGAUCACCAAGAACGAGGUGGCCAUCAAGAUCAUUGACAAGUCGCAGCUGGACCAGAUCAACCUCCAGAAGGUAUACCGCGAGGUGGAGAUUAUGAAGCGGCUGAAACAUCCUCAUAUCAUCAAGCUUUACCAGGUGAUGGAGACAAAGAACAUGAUCUAUAUAGUGUCGGAGUAUGCCAGCCAGGGGGAGAUCUUUGAUUACAUAGCCAAAUAUGGCAGGAUGUCGGAGUCGGCGGCACGCUUCAAGUUCUGGCAGAUCAUCUCCGCGGUGGAGUACUGCCACAAGAAGGGCAUCGUCCAUAGGGACCUGAAGGCCGAGAACCUGCUGCUCGAUUGCAGCAUGAGCAUAAAGAUCGCGGACUUUGGCUUCUCCAAUCACUUCAAGCCGGGCGAGCUGUUAGCCACCUGGUGCGGAUCCCCGCCCUACGCCGCCCCCGAGGUGUUCGAAGGCAAGCAGUACACGGGACCGGAGAUCGACAUCUGGAGCUUGGGCGUAGUCCUGUAUGUGCUCGUUUGUGGAGCUCUUCCUUUUGAUGGCUCCACGCUGCAGAGCCUGCGGGACCGGGUACUGUCUGGGCGUUUCCGCAUCCCUUUCUUCAUGAGCUCCGAGUGCGAGCACCUCAUCCGUCGCAUGCUGGUGCUCGAGCCCACCCGCCGCUACACCAUUGAGCAGAUCAAGCAUCACCGCUGGAUGUGCCCAGAGCUGCUGGAGCACGCCCUGAUCGCCAAGUACAACAUGAACGUGGACCGGCAGACGGUACUGGAGCCCAGCGAGGAUAUUCUCCGGAUCAUGGCCGAGUAUGUGGGCAUCGGGCCGGACAAGACGCGCGCCAGCCUCAAGAAGGACACCUACGACCAUGUGGCAGCCAUUUAUCUACUGCUCCAGGAUCGCGUCAGUCACAAAAAGGAGCAGGCCCGACCCACCGAGGGGUCGUCGCCAGUGCCACCGCCACCCUCUGCCCCUGCAGGCUGUGGAUCUGUUUCCAGCGGGGGCAGUGGUGGUGGCGGUGGCGGUGGCAGCAGCAGCAGCUCCAGCCGCUUGCUCUACAAGAGCAGCAAGCAAUCGCUCAGCCUAGAGCAGCAGCAUCAACAGCAACAGCAGCUUCUCCUCAUGCAGCAUCAGCAGCAGCAGCAGCAAUCAAAGACAAUAUCCACCACCACGAUCCUGGGCAAGGAUCAGCACCCACACAAAAGACUAAGCCGCCACCAGACUGUGCUCAUGAGCGAGCGACCUUUGCCCCCUGCUGAUCCCAGCUACUACUCCAAACAGAUGCAGCUGCAGCUCCACAACCACAACCACAACCACAACCUGCCCACCCAUGUUCCUGGCGCCUAUCUCAAUGGCCAGGAGGAGGCAGGCUGCAUUCCGAUGCCCGUGAGGUACACGCCACUGCCCUCCGCCUCCAAUAUUUCUUCCUCUUCGGCCGUCUCACGAAUGGGUCGCCACAGCCUGACCUCGAGCUCGCCCAGGAGCCACCGGCCCCUGGCCAUAUCGCUGAGCAUCGACAACCAUAAUCACACCCACAAUCCCUCACUGGCCAAUCUCCGCUGCCGGGAGCUAAUGGAGCCGGGCCAGCCCAGUCCGGCGGCGGGGCCGCUGGUGUCCAAGCAGCUUCAGCAGACCAUCAGCGAGUACAUCAUCAAACAGAGCACCGAGGACUGCCGCCAGCUGCUCCAACAGUCCACGGCCAUUGCCGAGGGAAAGGAGGAGCUAACCACCAGACCGGAGAUGGCAGCCAAUCAAACCAAUGCAAGUGGAGGAAGAGCCACCACGCCUACUACCUCCUCUGGCACAGUCACAGCCACAUCUACAGCCACAGGCAAUGCCAACGAAAAUGCCAAUACGGAGGAUCAGAACCAGAACCAGAACCAGAACCACAAGCAGAAGACAAUAAAGGCCAUGUCGAGUUCAAGUAGCUUUGACUCCACCGCCAAUCUCAACCAGAGCUUUCGCUACAAGAUGUCCGCCGAGGCAAACAAGCUAUUCCAGACCCUCCAGGAGAGCCCGCUGCCCGUAGAGAAGCCCAAGAGGAGAGGAGUGGCCAGCACCAAUGGCAAUGGCCACGAGUCCGGGCAGGAUCUGAUCGAGGGCAAGCAGAAUGGCGACAGGCGCAGUGACAAAAAGACCUUCGAGAAAAAGGUACUGGCUCAGGGCAGCUCCAGCACGGACGAGGGCUGCGAGACGGAUCAAGGCAACGAAGGUCCCACUCCCGGGACCAAGGAAGGCUCCCAAUCGAGCAGCGACUUGACCACCACCGCACACAGCGGUAGCGGCAACGGCAACGGCCACGGCCAUAGCCAGACCACCCGGAUGCGUUCCUAUGCCAGCAGCAGCAGCUCCAGCGGAGUGCUGGCCUCCGGCAGCUACUCGAAGAGCCUCAGCCAGAACUUGAGCCGCGGCUCCUCGAAGAGCAACUGCAGCGCCGGGGCCUACGAUAGCCUGGACUUUGUCCUGCCCUCCGGCAGCCUGCCCUCCUGCAUGGGAUCCAGCUCAAUGCUGGCCGCCGCCGCCUCCGUCGCCGGAGCAGCCGGCUCCAGCGAGCACUCCUCGGAGCGGUCACUGUACAGCAGCCACAACUCCUGCAUCCACAUGCCCAGUGCCGUCAACCUCAGCCUGACCGCCAGCUCCACCCCAAAUCCCACCCCUCCACCACCACCAGCGGGAGCGGGGGGUCCCUUCCUGGAUAAGCGCUCGCCCAUCCACUUUCGGGAGGGGCGACGGGCAAGCGACGGACUGGUGGCCCAAGGUCUCCUCAGCUCCGGGGGCGGAUCGCUCUUGGGCAGCAGCCGCGUAUACGGCAGCUACCGCUACGACCAGGUCAAGCGGCAUGGCUGGCUGGAGAUACAGCAGCUACAGCAGGAGGCUGCCACUCAUCCGCAUUCGCAUUCGCAUCAGCAUCAGCACACGCACCCACAUCCGGCUCCUCCAUACGGGCUGGAGGAGCUCAGCCUGGGCAACUGUCAAUUCCCCAACAGUCAAUUCUAUGCGCUGCCUGGAGGCAAGCCGCAUCACCAUCAUCCCCUGCUGACGCUCCCGCACCACCAUCAACAUCAGCAGCACCACCAUCAUCCUCAUCCUGGUCAUGGUCAUGGUCAUGGUCAUGUUCAUGGCCAUGGGCUCUUCCAUCCGGGGUCUCCGGGAGGGCCAGUUCCAAUUCCGCUGCUCUUGGAGGCGGCUGGUGGUGAUAUUUACAACCACGCAUGCUAUGCCCCGCCACCGCCAUCACCGGGCCUCUAUUCGCAUCAGCACCAGCUCGGUAUGGCGGUGCCCAUGUCGCCCAUGCAGAAGCCGCCGCUGCAGCAGCAGCUACUCCAGCAUCGCCUGCUCCAGCAAAAGCGGCAGCUCUUCCAGAAGCAGUACGCUCUGGAGGCGCAGCUGGCCGGACGCCAUCACCACCAGCAGCACCACCAACAGCAGCACCAGCUCCACCAGACUGCACACUUUAACCACGGGCAUGGGCACGGACACGGGCACAGCCUAAACCACGGACUGAACCUAGGGCUGGCACUUGGUCACGUAUCGCCAGCGCCGAUGCCGGACCAGCACCUGACCGAGGAGCUGUACGAGCUGGCCAUGCUGGACCGCCCAAGGAGUGGCACUCCACGACUGCAGCACUCGCUGACGAUGCCUGGUGCGCACGCCUUCAGCCAGAUGAACCUCAAGACCUCCUACAUCAGCCAGCCGACACAGUCGGAGUCGUCAGGGCCAGGAUCGGGCUCUGGGCCAGGGUCAAUGUCGGCACCUGGAUCUGGAUCGGGAUCGGGAUCGGGAUCAGGGCCGCCGUCCACAGCGCCGGGAACGCCUACGUCGGUGAAGUGCAAGCCGUCAACGCCUCACGGGCACAGCCACGAGGCCGACUAUCAUACAUCGACGCCAGUGCUCAGCUUGUUCACGCCCAACUGGCAGACGCUGGUCAAGCCGCUCAGCGAGAGCCCCAUUCUGGAGAUCUCCGAGCAUAUGGAAUCGGUCUGAAUAGAAGGGAGAUGGAAAAUAGAAGUUGGAACUAAGAUGGAAAUGAACUAAUGGAGUCCGAACCAGGGCCACCUUUUUAUUAAGCUCGCAAUCGCAAUUAUGAAUUAUUUUAUCCAUAUACGAUAUACACAUACAUAUAGAUAUACAUAUACAUAUACACCUACGUAUACAUAUACAAAUACGGAUAUACAAGCAUCGAUCGCUGGAGUAGGCAAGGUCUAGGUCUAGGUCUGGGAUGGAGCUCUAACUAUAUUUGUCGGAUGGAAGCCAAUCGAACCGAACCGAACCGAACCAUUGCCGUACGAGUAAUAUUGGAAGAAUAAUUUAGUUGUGUUACUAGCCCUAAGUAGUCCAAAAGUUUCGUACGCAUACGCCGACAUACAUACAUACAUACAUAUACAGUAUGUAUAUGUAUAUUGAUAAUAAUAGCGUUAAGCUAUAGCUCUACUUAUGAUUAUACUUACUACGAGCAUACACUCGGAAUAGCCCCGCCCUCCGUUCUCCCAUUGGACCGACUACUCCGGGACAGCAUUUUGGGUAAAAGUCUUGAGAAGGGUUCCCGCGGAGUUGAGCUGGGAGUGGGAAUCGAUGUUAGUCGAUGCGAUGAGAGAGCUGGAGAAGAACAACUACAUAUAUCAAUUAUUCGAAGCAUUUAUUGGGGCUAUAGAUACGUACAUAUGUCUGUAUACGGAUAUAUGUUUAUAUCUCUAUGUAUUGGUACAAUAAUUAGCGACAAGCAACAACUAAAACCAAAACCAAACAUCGAUUGUUCUUAAACAUGGAAUUCAAAUGUAAACCAGAUAUUAAAGUUAUUUGGUAUAAAAUGCAA